UCGCUCCUCCCCGCGCGUCCCCGAUCAACCUCCAGCAGUUCCACCGCUUACCGUCCGUUCGGCCGAAGUGUCCCCGUUUCCAGCCGCUCAUCGCCUGUUAAACUCGCUCAGACCACGCGCACGGGAGCCGAACCCGAUGGCCUCGACGACUUCUGAUGGCUCCGAGCGAGAGUCGCCGAACCCGAGCGAACAAAACGGCGACGGGAGCGAAUCGGGCCUGCGCGGCGCCGACGAUCAGGAACCGGCCGUUAAGAUGGACGCGAUCGGCGAAGAACAAAGCCCGGAUGGAGCCACGAGGGGAGACGAUGGCGACACGGAAGCAGAGAAGGAGCAGGAAAAGAGUCCCGGGAGCGCGGAAGAGACCGCGGAGCCGCUGAAGACGGAACAAAGGGAGGAGGAGAGCGCGUGCUCCCCCGCGGACAAGAGCGCAAACGGCGGCGGCGCGUUGAAGCGACGCGCGAGUCUGGAGCUGAGCUCGUCCUCCGAUGGAGAGCCGCUCAGCCGCAUGGACUCUGAGGACAGUAUCAGCAGUACUUUAAUGGACAUGGAGAGCAUCGCGUCCAGUGGACGUUCCACUCCAGCGAUGAUGAACGGUCACGCCGGGGCGUCUUCCUCCUCAGUGAAGGGAUCGUCUUACCCCUGCUGCUGGGAUCAGUGUCACAUGCUGUUCAACACCAGUCCGGACCUGGCAGAACACAUCCGCGGAGUACACGUAGAUGGCCAGCGUGGAGGGGUGUUUGUGUGUCUUUGGAAAGGCUGUAAGGUGUAUAACACACCAUCCACCAGUCAGAGCUGGCUACAGAGACACAUGCUGUCGCACAGCGGAGACAAGCCAUUCAAGUGUGUGGUAGGCGGCUGCAAUGCCACCUUCGCAUCACAGGGGGGGCUGGCGCGUCACGUCCCGACCCACUUCAGCUCCCAGAAUUCCUCCAAACUCUCCAGUCACGGCAAAGUAAAGGAAGAGUCGCCUUCCAAAGCGGGCAUCAACAAACGAAGGAAACUCAAGUACAAACGCAGACGCUCAUUGCGUACGUAUCAGAGGACUCAAUCUGACAGUUUCGGCUGUUCUGUGGUCAGAGCGCGGCCUCACGACUUCUUUGACGCUCAGACCAUGGAUGCCAUUCGUCAUCGUGCCAUCUGCCUCAAUCUGGCAACCCACAUUGAGAGUCAGGGCAAGGGACACAGUGUUGUGUUUCACAGUACGGUGAUCGCCAGGCGAAAGGAGGAUUCUGGGAAGGUGAAGGUGCUUCUUCAUUGGAUGCCGGAGGACAUACUUCCAGACGCUUGGGUUAGCGAGGGUGAUCGUCAACAGCUAAAGACCAAAGUGGUCCAUCUUUCUCAGCUUCCUCAGGACACGGCAGAACUGUUGGACCCCAACAUCUACAGGAUGUAUUUCUAGAGGACUGGGUGGGAGGGGACACUUCUGACGUAUCCAAACCCGAAGUGGACGCGUCCAUCUUUUGAGAGAGACUUUUUGCCCCCCCUUCACUUUUUAAUGCUCAAAGUCUGCCAAAGCAUGCAGUGAAAUUUUAAUGUGUUUACAUCCCUUGAAGAGGAGAAGAGGCACAAAAUUGUGAAGUGUGUCGGUGCUGGACUUUUAACGAUCUAGGAAGACAAAUGUUUUGUGUGCUGCAAUUAAAUCCAUUUAAUUUCACUCCUUGCAUCCUAAACUGUACUGACAAGCUCUUAUAAGUCCCGAUCAUCUUCAUUUUUGUCAGUAAGUGCCCAUGUAAAUAUUCCAGGAGAUUUGUAAUAUAUUUUUGUACUGCAAAAUUUUACUGUUCUCUGUAGAUAGAUGUAAUAUGCCAAGUUGACAGAUGAUGUAAUUGUACAGAAUGUGAUAGUUGAAUAGUUUUAAAUAAUGUAAAUGCUUCCAUAGAUUUUGUCUUAUGUUUUUAGAAUUUGAGUGUUUUUCUUUAUUGUUUUUUCGUUUGACGGUUAAAAUUGAGUGAUUUGUUUUGUUCUCCGCACAUGCUGCUGAUUCCUUCACUGAUGAUGAUGAUGAUGGUGGUGGUGGAAAGCUGUGGUUUACUGUGUGCGCUGUUGUGUGAUAUCUCUGUUAAAGCUAUACAAAUGCCAAGGAGUAUAUAGACAUCUUAAUGUUAUGGUGCUAAAGCUAACACUAGCGUUUAGGCUAAUGCACAUAGGAAUAUUCAUAGAUCAAUACUGAUGGUGCUGUUUAGUUCAUAUAAUAUGAAUAAUAAUAAUUAUACCCUGUUCCCCAUAGAUUAUACUUCUGUCUUUGUAGUAAAGCUGAAAAUUCAGAAAA